GGCGUGACUGUGCUGCCCCCCCACCCCCACCCUGCACAGCUCUUGUAUCACUAAGAAUCUGGCAGUCAGUUCCGUCCUGACAGAGUUCACAGCAUAUAUUGGUGGAUUCUUGUCCAUAGUGCAUCUGCUUUAAGAAUUAACAAAAGCAGUGUCAAGACAGUAAGAGCACUCACUGAAAAUGAAUCUAGGUGCACUUACUUUCUUCUUGGCAUUGAUCAGUGGUGCCAGUGGGCAUUACUAUGAUUACGAUUACUACCUUGCCUACCCUGCCUUUUUGCGUUCCUCGCCAAACUGCGCACCAGAAUGUGACUGCCCAGAGAGCUACCCAACCGCCAUGUACUGCGACGAGCUGAAGCUGAAAAGUGUGCCCAUGAUCCCACCAGGCAUCAAGUACCUUUACCUUAGGAACAACCAGAUCGAUCACAUUGAUGAAAAGGCCUUUGAGAACGUGACUGAUCUGCAGUGGCUCAUUCUAGAUCACAACCUUCUAGAAAAUUCCAAGAUAAAGGGGAAAGUUUUCUCUAAACUGAAACAACUGAAGAGGCUGCAUAUAAACUACAACAAUCUGACAGAGUCUGUGGGUCCACUUCCCAAAUCUCUGCAGGACCUGCAGCUCACCAACAACAAGAUUACAAAGCUUGGAUCCUUCGAUGGACUGGUAAACCUGACUUUCGUUCACCUUCAGCACAAUCAGCUGAAAGAGGAAACCAUUUCAGCUGCUUUGAAAGGUCUCAAGUCACUUGAAUACCUUGACCUGAGUUUCAACCAGCUGAGCAAACUUCCAUCUGAUCUCCCUAUGUCUCUUCUAACUCUCUACCUCGACAAUAAUCAGAUUAAAAAUAUUCCUGAUGCGUAUUUCAAGCGUUUUGGUGUGCUGCAAUACCUGCGUUUAUCUCACAAUGAACUUGCUGACAGUGGGAUACCUGGAGACACUUUUAAUAUAUCAUCUCUGCUGGAGCUGGAUCUCUCCUAUAAUAAGCUUAAAAGUAUACCAACUGUUAGUGAAAACCUUGAAAACUAUUACUUGGAGGUCAAUCAACUUGAAAAGUUUGAUGUAAAGAGCUUCUGUAAGAUCCUGGGACCACUGUCCUACUCCAAAAUCAAGCAUUUGCGCUUGGAUGGCAACCGGCUAACCCAGAGCAGCCUGCCACAUGAUAUGUAUGAAUGUCUACGUGUACUGAGUGAAAUCACUGUUAAUUAAUAUCCACUCAUUCAAUUAUACUGAGGUAUAUCUUGGAGUGAUACUUCUUGGUUAUUUUUUUGUGUGUAAGAUUUUCAUAGUUAUUUCAUUUUUAUUGCUGUUUAUUAAUUUCAUUAAUUUUAAAUUCUGAGGGAAAAUGUUUUGUAAACAUUUCCUACUUUUUAAAAAAAGAUGAAAAGCAGGCCUAUUUCAUCAAAAGAACACACACACAAAUAGACAUGAAACUCAAUGCUGUGUUUGUCAAUGUGUUGUUUUCUGUAUCUGUAUUGUUCAAAGAUAUGCAAAGCCUUUUAAUCCUGGCAUGGAAUCAACCAAAUUUUCUAAUGUUUAAGUGUUAAAUUACUGUACUAAAUUGUGGAUAGAAUAUAUAUGGAUAUUUGCUGCCUUGAUCCAGAUUCUCUUAUUAUGUUCAAAUUUGUGUUGUGAAAAAUGGUGUCAGAAUUAGAGAUCAGCAACUUUACAAAAUAGUAAACAAAAUUUAUGAAGCCAUAUGUGCCUAAACAAGUACUUUAAGUGGGAAGAAUUUACUUAUUUGCAUAGUAAAACUUUUCUACAGUUUAUUCUAAGUCAUGUAUGCUUCUUUUUGAUUAUUUGCAUGUUGUAUUUAAUAAGCUAGUAGCAAAAUAAAACAUAGCAAAUGGC